GCUAAUUAUGGUUUUGUUUGAAACAAACGUUUGCCAAAGAAUAUAUUGCUUUCCGUGGGUUAUAUCUGAUAGUUGUUCCACAUUAGCAUGUCCGUGGUAAUUGAGACCACAAUUGGUGACUUGACUGUCGAUUUGUUCCUGGACGAGCGGCCAAUAGCUUGCCUAAACUUCCUUAAACUAUGCCGGAUCAAGUACUACAACUACAACCUCUUUCAUACCGUGCAGCAGGGCUUUAUAGCUCAGACUGGAGAUCCCACCGGUGCCAGCGAUGGGGGAUCAUCCAUCUGGGGAGUGGUGGAGGGACAACACAAGCGUUUCUUUGAAGCCGAAUAUCUACCCAAAAUUCCACACUCUAGUCCUGGAAUGCUUUCACUGGUUAGUGCGGGAAAGAAUCUAGUUGGCUCGCAGUUUUUCUUUACACUGGGUGAGAAUCUUACAUCGCUGGACGGAACGCAUUGCGUCAUUGGCGAAGUGGUUGAGGGACACGAGGUGUUGCGUAAACUUAACGAAGCCAUAGUCGAUGAGGACUGUCGACCCUUUCAAGAUAUACGAAUAACGCAUACAGUUAUUCUAGAAGAUCCCUUUCCCAAUCCCCGUGGCCUUCAGGAGCCGAGCCGUUCUCCUUCUCCUAGUGCAGAGCGUUUAAAGAAUGGACGUAUCGCUGCCGAUGAAGAUAUUGACGAUACCCAGGGCAAGACGGCAGAGGAAAUGCUAGAGAUCCUGGCAGAAAAAGAGGCCAAGGCGAGGGCUACAAUAUUGGAAAUUGUGGGCGAUUUGCCGGAUGCAGAGAUGGCGCCACCAGAGAAUGUUCUUUUUAUUUGCAAACUUAAUCCAGUGACCACGGAUGACGAUCUUGAGAUAAUCUUCAGCCGUUUUGGUGUGGUCAAGGGUUGUGAAGUCAUAAGAGAUCGCAAGACUGGCGAUUCGCUGCAAUACGCCUUUGUGGAGUUUGACGAACAAAAAUCUUGUGAGGCAGCCUACUUCAAGAUGGAUAAUGUCCUCGUAGAUGAUCGCCGCAUACAUGUAGACUUUUCGCAGUCUGUGGCAAAGAUUAAAUGGCGCGGCAAAGGACGCGGUAUAGAAGGCCCUGAGGGCAGGCUAGAUUUUGAUAAUUUGCGAGAGAACAACGGCCAUAACAACAGAAGACGAGGUAUGGAUAGAGAUCAGGAAAAUGCCAGAAAUCGUAUGAGUUCGGCGGAGCGCCGAAAAGCUAGGGAACAACGUCAUCAAGAGCAGAGUGAAAGGGAGAAACAAAACCCUUCCUCUGAAAGAAGACGUUCACGAUCCAGAGAGAGAAAUGGACGAAACCGUUCAAGAUCGAGGGACAGAAAUCAGCGGAGAUAUUCAAGAUCGAGAGAAAGAAAUGAACGGAGGGGCUCCAGAUCGAGAGAUGGUCAUCAUCGAACAUCAUACACACAAAAUGAUAGACGAAUCAACAACAACUACAGACAGAAUCAACGUACAGAAUCAAAAUCCUAUGAACAGCGAAACGAUCGUAGACGUGAUAACUCUCCCCGUAGACCAGCUCGACAACAUUCACCAGAUCGCAGACACCAUGGAGAUACCCAUAGUCGUACUAAAGAUAACAUGUCCAGACCGCUGCCCAAAGACGAGCGAAGAAAUAAAAGCCUGAAACGAUCAGAUGACAGAGAAAGUAAAUCUAAGAAAUCCAAACGAGCAGUAAGCUCUAGUAGUAGCAGUAGCUCCGAAUCAUCUUCGAGUUCUUCCUCCAGCGAAAGUUCCUCGGGUUCAUCAUCUUCAGACAGCUCAUCAUCUUCAGACGAGCGGAGUAAGCGGAAAAGCAAAACUUCUUCCCGAAAGCGGACCAAAACGAAAAGCAAACACAAUUCCCAUAAAAAGAGCAGAAAAUAAAACUUAACAAACAUUCUUGACUAUAAUAUAAA